AUCCUGAACUGAGCUCAUUUCUGUCCUCACGUUCCCCGCCGGAUAGAGAGUCCCCUGGUUCCGAUGAAAGAAACUCGUAACACGGGGUAUCUUUCAUAACCCGGGCUAACCAUCCUGCCACAUGCGCUGACACGUCUCCAGAUAUUACACACAUCCCGUCGGUCGGUCGGCGGGGGGGAACCUUUCACUUGGGCUGGUUUUUGACACAUUGUGAGUACAUAGACGAGACGCGCUGAGGGGAAGAUGUUGCUGAAGGAGUACAGGAUAUGUAUGCCCCUCACAGUGGAGGAGUACCGGAUCGGGCAGCUGUACAUGAUCAGUAAACACAGCCACGAGCAGAGUGAUCGAGGGGAAGGAGUGGAGGUGGUCCAAAAUGAACCGUAUGAAGACCCAGCGCAUGGCCAAGGGCAGUUCACAGAGAAACGAGUCUACCUCAACAGUAAAUUACCCAGCUGGGCUCGAGCAGUGGUUCCUAAAAUCUUCUACGUGACAGAGAAAGCAUGGAACUACUACCCUUACACCAUAACAGAAUACACAUGCUCAUUCUUGCCCAAGUUCUCUAUCCACAUAGAGACAAAAUACGAGGACAACAAAGGAUGCAAUGACAAUAUCUUUGACACUGAGCUGAAAGAACAGGAGAGAGAGGUGUGUUUCAUCGACAUCGCCUACGAUGAGAUCCCCGAGCGCUACUAUAAAGAGUCUGAGGACUUGCGAUAUUUCAAGUCAGAGAAGACGUCACGGGGGAUUCUUCAGGAGGGCUGGAGGGACACCCAGGAUCCCAUCAUGUGCUCAUACAAACUGGUCACUGUCAAGUUCGAGGUGUGGGGUCUGCAGACCCGUGUGGAGCAGUUCGUACACAAGGUGGUUCGGGAUGUGCUGCUGCUGGGACACAGACAGGCAUUUGCCUGGGUCGAUGAGUGGAUUGACAUGACAAUGGAUGAGGUGAGAGAGUUUGAGCGCGCCAUCCAGGAGGCCACCAACCAGAAGAUUGGGAUAUUUCCCCCAUCGAUCUCAAUCAGUGAGACGCCCCUGUCCUCCUGUGCCCUCACUGGCCCUGCCAGCGCCCCCUCCACCCCCAUGUGCACUGAUGCGCCUGAGUCCCUCUCUGUCCCCAAGGACCGACCCCGUAAAAAGUCUGCUCCAGAAACCUUGACCCUUCCCGACCCUGCUCCAAGUGCCGUCCCCCAAGGCUCUAACCAGAGCCCACUACCCAUUUCAAACCACGUCCAGUCAUCUACACCGCCCUCCUCCAACUCUGAUCUUGCUGAGAUGGAUGAGCAGUAGAGGGACCUUGGGAUGUCUUCCCCCACGCCUUGCUUUACUUAUACCCCCAACCCCAUUGUCUUAGUAGCCCAAUGAGACUAGCCUAACCUCCAACACCAGUGCCCAGAUGUUCUCUAGCCAUAUCCCACGAUUUGCCAUAAUCCUGGACACACAACAAUCACUCUAGAAGUCUUCAUCAGUGUCACUAAUACCAUCCAAUCAGCUGUAGGCUCAGCCACCCUGAUGUCACUGACUUCCUCUUCUUGUGAGUCUAGCCAGCCACAUGUCUCAUCUAUUAUAACAACCACCUGUGAUGUCUAAUCAAAACAAAGAGCAUCAGUAAUUAUUUUUGUUGAGCGGCAGUUUCUUAUGUUAUAUGAAUAAAUUAAGUUUCCUUAGUUAUGUUUUCUUCAAUCAGAUGAGCUGAUUGCUUUCAAGCUGUUGAACUAUGAAGUAGUUGCCUUAGCACCACAGAGUCAGUGGUGACAAUGUGCGCAAAUGAAUGAAUGAUGAAUAUUAUAAUUUCUCAGCCUGUAAAAUGGCUGUAUGUAUUAAAUUAGGAAUGAAAUCAAUGACACAAACUAGAGUAGCACAUUAGACAUAAUAUGUUAUACAAACACCAGAAAGACAGCCAAGUACCCUCAUAAUAGAACUGCUUAGCAACUGUUUCCUGAGCCAUCCAAACUGGCCUGCGGAUCAGAUUGCACCCAUCCUUUCCAUCCCAAACUCCAAUUAUACAACAGAUGCAAGAUUAGUACAAUCAUAGAGAGUUUACACCUCAGGUCUCCCUGACUCUACCUGGCUCACACUCCAAAGGCAGGGAUAUUACUAUUCCUUUCUCUCCCUGCUUAUUGCCAAACAGCCACAUUUUAUACCUCCAAAGACAUUACAAUACAGCAACUAUUGUAUGUACUAUACCAGUCUACUUAACCCUUGGAAUGUUUACACAUCAGAAACCUUGGAGGAUUUGCAUAUUAGCAGUAACAUUGUAGGUUAAGCUGUUGUUAUAUCUGCACUUGCUGUUUUAGCAUGACAGUUUAAUGACUCUAAAAUUGAAUUUGUUUGAAGUUUAUUACUGCAUAUAUCUUACUCAAGUUGACAGAGAGGUCAGUACAAAAAAAAAACUAAGUAAAAUGUUGCCUGAAACUAAUGCUGGACAUCCCAUGUGACAUAAACGUGAUCCAAUUUUAUCAAAUCAACUCAUCACUUUAAUGUCAUAUGUAGGAACAAGGCCAUUUUGGGGAGUUCUUAAGCAUUGACUGAUCUUUGUGCACAGUGGAGGUAAUGAAAACUCAAAGCUUGAUUUGAGGAGAAGGGCACGUGCAUCAAGCUGACUUGAGUAUGUGCUUUGUUAGCUGCAGAGAAUUUCCAGAAGCGCUUACACCUUUGCUUAGGCAGUGCUGGUUGGUAAUACUGAGCCAGUGCUUUGGUGGGCAUGGAAAAUGAUUUUGAAAUAGGAACAUCCUUUGCAGUGAGCCAUCAUUUCUGCUGGGCUUGUACUGCAAGUUACCAUCUAAAACCCUAAAGGAGAAACAAAAACAUGAGGACAGCAAGUGAUUCUUUGAACCCCCUUUUUUCAUACAAUAUUAUUCAAAGAGGGUUUUAUAUGCUGCAUGGAAUGUUCACAACAUAUAUACAUAUUAUGUGAAGUAUAUAUGUAUAUAGUGUAAAUGAAUGGAUUGGUACAGUGUAUUUGGUGAUGCAACUGUAUGAAAAAAAGCGAAUGCCAGCUUUGGAAGCUCUGUACUAUUUGUGCAUAAUAGAAAAAGCAGAUAUCGAGUGAAAUGUAAGCAUGCCCAGAGAAUAUAGGCCUACAAGCUCUUUCAAAUCAGUGCCUCUGCAUGCAACUAUUGUAUCAUCGCUUACAUGCGUGUGUAAACCAGAAUCUGUUAUAUUUCAUCUAUAGAAACACAAAAUUGAAUUACAUUUUUUUGUUGCCUGUUUUCUAUUUCAAAUGUUACAUUUAACCAAGAACAGUUAAAUGUAAACUACAACAUAGUCAGAUCAAAUCAAUCAUAUCAAACUACACCAUCAGACUCAAGUGACAGGGCUAACUUGUUUUCAUAUUUUUUAUUUAUUAUUAGUACUCUUUUGUUCCCCUAUUCAUACCAAUUACUUCUAACUUUACAGCGCAAAUGCAUUUUGCACUUUCCAGUCUUUGACACCUUAUUCGACAAUGAAGAAAUUUGUUACAUUAGAGUCUUGUUGGGUUUGUUGGACCAAAGUCCUAAAAUACAGCAUAGUGACUUCGAAGAUAGCAGGUUCGAAGAGAGUCCUCAGUGGUCUUGCCAUAAAAUACUGUUAAUAUUAUGUACAGUUUCUCACUUACUUUUGUUAAAACACAAAACAACUGUAGCUAUUUAUCUGUAACUGUAGCUUUUGCCUUUUUCUUUUUGAGGAUAAAAAUGUUAUAUACCAGUUAUUGGCCCUCCGUAUUGAUCUAUUAUGUAUAGAUUAUACAUUCUUACAACUCUGGUAUUGACUAUCUCUCUUGUCAGGAACACAGAGAUCCAGGGAUAUGUUUGAUCUGCCACCGGCUAUUAAAAAUAAUGCAAAAUAUCCAGUUGUGUAACAUAAAGCUCUGCUCUGUUUAAAAGAGUAACAUAUUAGGUAUUGUAAAUACUGUUAUCAAUGACUAAUAUAGUAGGUUUCUUACAUUAAAUCUGUUCCAGGUUGCAUUACUGAUGUGACAUUAAUGUGCUCAAACAUUUCAAAUGGUCAGAGAAGGAUAUUCUUUAGUGUUUGUGUGGUAAGAAUGACAUCUUCACAGACAUGAAUUAAAGGUUUGUUUUUAAAGUAAUGUGUAUCUAUAAAGUCAUUGUCAUCUAUUGAAGAUACUGAAUUCAGUUAAGUUUACUCUUCUCAAUGGAGUAUCAAGAUUCUUUAUUGUAGUGGUGCACUUUUGACUCUCCAGUUGCUUUUGGUGACCCUGCAGGGCAAAAUUAUUUGUACAAGUUGUAAAACAAAAUGAAGCUUUUCUUUUUAGUGGGGUGGCUGCUUUGACGUUUAAUUGCGAUGUUAAUUCAGAGGUGAUGGGCUCUUCUGUUGUUUCUUUUUUUGUAGUAAACCUGCUGUACUUUGAUUUUGUGGUUGCUGUAUUGUUUGAAGGAAAAGAAGAAAUUGUUUAUCAUUAUUUUUUUGGAGCAAGGACCAAGCUUUUCACUCCUCCUCCCCUCCUAUUGAUGCAGUUUGCAUUCUGCCAGGAUGUUGUGCUGUCUCCUGAUAACUGGGACCUGUCUCACCAACCAGGAUCAAUGGGUUAGCUGUAGAACAGCACUGAGGGAGGCCAGGAACACCUUUGUGUACUUCACUCUGUUGGAGAUCAGGUGUGCUUUGGGCUUAUCCAGCUUUCUAUUAAUCCUGCUGUGUGAAACAGGCCCCAGAAGUGCCAUUGGUGUUCGGCUGCUGGAAGUUGCUCUUAGUUCUUCCACUUUAACUAUUAUUGUAUUUGUUAUAUUUUUACUGCUCUUUAAAGUUAAUUUGGUUCUUUGUUGUAAUUAUUGUUUUACUUUUUCUGAAACAGAAUAAACUUUACUAGCUAUUGCAAA